AUGGUUCUGUGUCCACCGUUCAGGUGGUCUUCGAGAGGUGGGUUUAAUCUCACGAAUGUUGCGAGAGACGACGCUGGAGGUCAGAAACGCGAAACAAUUAGCAAGAUACCCGAAACGGUUGCCGACACCCCGCAAGCAAAUAUUCCAAAUGGAAAUGGACUGCUUUACAAAAAAAGUAUUACGUCACCUGUGGACCCGAGUUUACCCAGUAAGAAAUCCAGUGACAUGAGUAUACAAAGCGAAAAAUCAACAAGUAGUUUCGGUAAAGAUUCUGAUAGCGAUGGGAUAUGUGACAGGAAGAGCAGUGCAGGUCGCAAAACAAUUUCGGAUCUCAUGCAGAGUAACCCGGAAAAGCGAGGACGCCGCAAACGUGGAGUUAUCGCGCCACUAGCACCCGUAGAUAACGCGCGAAACAGCAUAGACUUGCAAUAUGAAAAACAUGAGAAAGAUGAUAAAUCAUUGACACAAAUAAAAUCUGCUAUUUUGGCGAAUGAUUUUUUGAAGAACUUAAUGGACGAAGAAAGGCUUACAGCUGUCUUGGAGGCAAUGAGCCCGCAACAGUUUCCAGCAGGCAGCCUCAUGAUUCGUGAAGGAGAAAGUGGGAGCCACUUGUACGUCUCCGCCCAAGGCCAGUUUGAGGUUCUCAAAGGUGGACAAGUUGUGAAAAAUUUCGGCCCAGGAGAGGCUUUCGGAGAACUCGCCAUUUUGUACAAAGCAAAACGUUUCGCAUCAAUUAGGUGUAUAACUGAUGCAAAGGUAUGGACGUUAGAGCGACGUGUUUUCCAAAAAAUUAUGGUUAGAAGCGGCCGUCAAGAGCAUGAAGACAAUAUCCGCUUCCUAGCUUCCGUGCCUUUACUGCGCGAAAUUCAUCCCAUAGAACUCUCCAAAAUUUCUGACUUCCUGAAAAGGGAGUUCUUUUCGACGGGCACGGCUGUGGUACGUCAGGGUGACCGCGGUGACAAGUUCUAUAUUAUCCGGGGUGGUACAGUCGCUGUGACAAAGCGCGAUGGUGACGGUGGCGAGCGGCGCGUGGGCACUCUUCGUCGUGGUGACUACUUCGGCGAACAGGCUUUGCUGCACGAAGACCGACGCCUUGCAACCGUUACCGCGUUGCCACCGGGCGUUGAGUGCCUCACACUAGAACGAGGGCCUUUUACUGAUCUCCUUGGUAACUUAGAAGAAUUAAAAAAUAUUCGUCAUGCCGUGCCACGUGCUUCUCAACAAAAGAAAGCAUCCGAAGUCAAAAGUGAGUACGAAUUCGUGGAACUUAAGGAUUUGGAAAUAAUAGGCACCAUGGGUGUGGGAGGGUUUGGGCGAGUCGAAUUAGUGCAAUAUAAGCCGCAGUCUUCACUAACGUUUGCGUUAAAGUGUCUCAAGAAAGUGGAUAUGGUGCAACAACAGCAACAGGAGCACGCGUACAACGAGAAAAAUAUCAUGAUGACAUGCAACAGUCCGUUCAUUUGCAGAUUAUAUCGUACGUUCAAAGACAGCAAAUUUGUCUAUUUCUUAAUGGAGCCGGUCCUGGGGGGCGACGUGUGGACGAUCUUACAAAAGCAGCGAUAUUUUCCAGAACACAUUUCACGGUUUAUGGCAGCCUGUGUGGUCGAAGCUUUUCAAUACCUGCACUCCAAAGACAUUAUAUACAGGGAUCUAAAACCGGAGAACUUAAUGUUGGAUAAAAAUGGCUACAUAAAAUUGGUUGAUUUUGGAUUUGCCAAAAAGCUGGCGCCAAAUAGUAAGACGUGGACCUUUGCUGGCACUCCAGAAUACGUUGCACCGGAAAUCGUAUUGAACAAGGGUCACGACCGCGCCGUAGAUUGCUGGGCACUUGGUGUAUUUAUACACGAGCUCUUAGUGGGCAAGCCUCCAUUCCGAGCAGCAGGAGGUGACCACAUGAAGACAUAUACCCUGAUAUUACGCGGCAUCGACGCCAUCGCCUUCCAUCCGCGUGUGCCCAAGUCCGCGCAGAUGCUAAUUCGCAAGCUUUGCCGCGCCGUGCCCGCUGAGAGACUGGGAUAUUUGAAAAAUGGCGUUGUAGAUAUCAAGAAUCAUAAGUGGUUCCUGGGCUUCGACUGGGAAGGUUUGCGCGAUAGAAAAUUGAAAGCACCGCUGAUUCAACCUGUUGCCAACGAUUUUGAUCUCAGCAACUUUGAAAAGUACCCGAAAGACAAGCUACCGCCUGAUGAAACGUCUGGUUGGGACAUCGACUUUUAA